ACCUCAUCAGUAUCCUCCCUCCCUCCCUCUCCCUCGCAGAAAGUUCUGUAAGUGUCUCUCUAGUCUUGGUGGUUUGUUCUUGUUCAUGAUGCUUCCGGAGAUGAGCAAGUCGAGUUCUGCAGAGAGCUCCAUGAACGUGGGUCUGAGGCUUCUUCCUCAGAUUACAAGUUCUAACAACAAGUCCAAUGUCCUUCUGCAAUCCGCAAUUAGAAAGAGAUCAAACCAUAGCUGCAGGCCUUUAGAGGAUUUUUGCUACCUUAAAACCUGUAACCUCUGCGAUAAGAAGCUCAGUCCAGACAAAGAUAUCUACAUGUACAGAGGAGAUCAAGGAUUCUGCAGCAAAGAGUGCAGGAAGAGGCAGAUAGUGAUGGACGAAAUGAAAGAGUCAGAGAGCUCAAGGAAGAAGAAGAUGGUAUCAUCUUCUAGACAUUGCUGGAACGAGUCUCGCCGCCUUGAGACUCGCCUCAUCCUCAAAGACCUUCAAAUGCAGAGACUCAAGUCUAAACCUAUUCCCUGUGACUGGGCCAUUGUUGCCUAGCAGCACUUCGAAACCACUCUCUAGUCUCUUAUCUACUCUUUUUUUUUUUUUUUUUAAAUAUCUCUAUGUUCAUUGUUAUCAUAUCAGAGAUGUAAUUUUUUUUGUUGGUCCCCGAGUAAUACUACUUCUUUUUCUUAAUA